AUGCUAGAUCCUGAGGGCAGUGUGGAGCACAAGCCUUCCUCUUCCUUCCCCAAAGUUUUCCUCAUCCCUCUAGCCAUGCUCCUUGCAAUUGCAGCACUCCUGCUCUUAGCAUUUUCCGCUACGCAGCAGAAAGAGCCUGAUUUUUACACUUUCAAAGUUGUAAACAUCAGGGGCAAACUAGUCUCUCUGGAGAAGUACAGGGGCUCGGUAUCCCUUGUUGUCAACGUUGCGAGUGAGUGUGGGUAUACAGAUAGCCACUACAAGGCCUUACAACAAUUACAGAGAGACCUCGGGCCCUAUCAUUUCAAUGUGCUGGCAUUCCCAUGCAAUCAAUUUGGGCAGCAAGAACCAGACACUAACAAAGAAAUUGAGAGUUUUGCACGAAAGACUUAUGGUGCCUCGUUUCCUAUGUUCAGCAAAAUUGCAGUCAGCGGAGCUGGUGCAAUUCCUGCCUUCAAGUACUUAAUUGAUUCUACAGGAGAAGAACCAACCUGGAACUUCUGGAAAUAUCUGGUGGACCCCAAUGGGAAAGUAGUAAAGGCCUGGGACUCUACUGUCUCUGUUGAAGAAAUAAGACCUCAUGUUACAGAACUUGUAAGGAAAAUCAUCCUGAAGAAGAAAGAUGAAUUAUGACUUUCAAAAAUCCCAGCAUGCCAAUUAUAUCUUUAAUGAGAACUAGGGCUGGACUUUGUCUUUUCACAUUCCAAAAGAGAGUAUAUGGGGAGGGGAAAUUAUGACUAGUGGAAUCUAUAUGUACCAUCCUAAGAAUGUAGAAAACAGCAAGUUAGCAUGGUUAAAGUAAUUUACAUUUUUUCUCAGUUUGUCAUUUCUGGAAAAGAACAACUCAUCAGCAAUUGUUUCUUUCCCAACUGAAAUUAUUAAUUGUUGGUAAGACUAUAGGAAGUCAGUUCUUGUACCUGUAGGAAAAAGGCUCAGAAUAAUGAGCAUUUCCUGAUUGGGAACUUAUUGAUAUGUACAAUUCUGAUGUCAUAUUUUGAUUGUGAAUUGAAUGAAAAAAUUAAGAGUAAAAAGUGCAUAAUUUAAGGCAUGUGUUAGGAAGAGGGCCAAAACAGAUACCCUCAAGCGAGGUAGACUUACAUAGAUGUGUCUUUCUAGUUACCAAGGCCAAACAUUUAAUUUAAUUUGUCUAGAAAGUCAGUUAAGAAGGACAUGGGAAAAAUACAUCUAUAAAACUUAAAUGAAAGAAAUACAAAGAUAAAGUCUCUGUAAAAACUCUCCAAAAGCUAUGAGAAGCAUUUCUGCAUUUUUUCACCCAGUAAAGAUUAUCAGGUGAUAUUUAAACAGCCAUUUGAACACCUGUAGGACCAGAGACUAUAUGAAAUGUUUACUCUUUCUUCUGUUAGCAUUUUGCCCUAGAAUUACUCUCACCUCAUACAACUGAUGUUAAAUUUAUUUUUCAGUUUAUAACACCAUCCAGUUUUGCUACAUGUACAGACAAACAUUAGGGAAUCAACAUUUUUCCAUGGAAAUAAUUUUUCAAAUGUUUAAUUGUUCCAUAAUGUUACACUGUUCAAUAUCACAUUAAUGUUACAAAUGUUUAAUGGCACCUUUUUCAAAUGUAGAACUCUGGCAUCUGCUCAGACUUCAGACUGCAGAACUUCUCAGCUCAUGCUAAAAUAAUAACACUAACAAUUAUAGCCUCAUUGUUCUCUGACAGAAACCCUUUGAAAAUCUUGUCAGCAAGAACUCUUUUUAUCUCAACGAAAACACAACGCACAGGUCCCCUGCUCUUAACCCUGGGAUGCUUUAAGAAGAAUCUCAUCUUGUCCAAUUGCAGUAUUAUUGAUGAGUGAAAGCUUUUUUGUGAUUUAUAAUGCUUUUUAAAGUAACACAAACAAUAUUUGUCCAUAUAGUUGUCAGGAUCCAAGUGUACAAAUAAGCCUUAAUUGAUCUGACCACAGUAAGGACUUUUUCCAACUGAUCACUACCAUUAGCUCUUCAGUAUCCAACAGGCUGUAAUUGAAAUCAAAGGCAAGUAUGGCUUGCAGAACAAGAGGGGAAAGAAGAGUACUGAUGAACUAUUGAUAAUAAAAGUGUUGAUCGUAAAGUCCAUUAUAGUUCCCAAGCUUGAACAGCUGCUGUUUCCUGAGGUUUUGGACUCAUUCUUGGGAGUGGUCUAAGGAAGUAAGAGCUAGAGGUACACAGGAUUUGCAGGAAGACCCUGAAAGGCAGAGACUGUACUGCACAAAGCAAACUCAAUUUUCCUGAAAGAAGCCGAGAACAAGGUUUUUUAGUUUUUGGUGGAAAAAAAAAAGGGGCGGUGGAAGAGAGAAUAAAAGGAAGAAGUAACAGAAUUACAGAAGCAAAAAGAGAGAUCAAGUAAGAAGGGAGAAAUGAGAAGAAAAUGAAAAGACAGUUUGAAGCCAAAGAAUCUUUGGGACAAACAGGGCAUGGAAAUGUUCAGGUCAUAUUGAUACUAAUGAGUAUGCAUAUUCCAAGAUACAUCAGCUACUUCUCACUUAGAAUGCAACUUAGAAGUGCAGGAAAUUGGUGCUCGUGGCAGUGAAUAUGCCUGUAUUUUCCUCUGAUGAUGAUGAGAAAAGCGAACUCUACGGUCCAUUCAGUCAUUUAGUCUAUUCUUGUAUGAAUCGCUCUAAGACAAUUGUCAUGAAGGAUAUCACAAAGAAAGGAAAAUGAGGCCCAGCUGAUACUGUGCUGGCUCAGAGGACGCAACGACCAGGAAAAGAGGUCUUUUAUCACUCUAUAGACUGGUUUUCUGUUCUCUAUCCAUUGAUACUAGUGCAAUAUCCCAGCAUGCUCUUAACAAGUGCUGCAGGGCUUAAAAUUUUCUUCUUAGAAAGUAUGUUCCUGUUUUAUAACUCAAGCCUGGAUGACCGGAGGCCAUGCUUUGAAAGACAUUUUAAGCCCUCUCUAUUUCAAUUUUGGAUGUCCAAGUUCAAAUGGAACUCUGGAUUUACAUAGAUACGAUCUUGCAUUCUCUAUUAGACACAUUCUAGAAGUCUAAGGGGAUAUAAUGGCAAUGUUGAGUUGGGAAGGGUUCAUACUAUAUGGACAAGUAUUGUUUGCGCUGCUUUUACAGACAUGAAGCACAAAAAAGCUUUCAUUCAUCAAUAAUGCUGCAACUGGACAAGACAAGAUUCUUAAAGCAUCCCAGUGUUAAGAGCAGGGGACCUGUGCACUGUGUUUUUGUUGAGAUAAAAAGAGUUCUUGCUGACAAGAUUUUCAAAUGGUUUCUGUCAAAGAACAAUGAGGCUGUAAUUGCUAGUGUUAUUAUUUUAGCAUGAGCUGAGAAGUUCUGCAGUCUGAAGUCUGAGCAGAUGCCCGAGUGCUAUGAGUAACUUAAUACUGAUGACUAUUAGAGUUGGUGUUCUUACCAGUUUGGCAAUUUAAAAAGAACUAAGGUAAGUAUUACAUGUGCAAGCUUUGAAACAACAGCAAAUUUAAACAGGCACAUGAUUUUAAGCACAUAACUAGUCUCUCUGAAGUUAACAGAAACAUUUUCAGGAUUAAAUUAAGCAUGUGGUAUAUAUUCCAUCCUUCGUUGUGUUGGAAUCAGUUUGCAGAACAAAUGCUUUGGUCUUUUAAUCAAAGUUACAGAGUAAAAGUAAAUAUUCUAGGUUGUAGAUUAAUUCAUGUCUAGUCAUGCUAUAAGUACUUCACGACCAGAAGAAUCGCAAAGCAAAUUGCACUGAGUUGAAUUGGUCUGUCAAGACUACAGAGAGGGCAUGCAGAGAUCAGAAAUUACUUUUUUGGCUCCUGUGUUCCAACACUGUUUUAAUCUGACAGAGAUCUUCCCUGCAGCAAGUCCUGAAAACUGUAAAAAGCUCUGAAUAUAUAACAUGAGGCUAUUUUAUUUGCAGCUCGUCUACUUUGCAGAGAAAAGAUUAGUGUGCAUUAACAGAUGAGCACAUUUAUGCAUGGAGAGUGAUUAUCUUGAUCAUCUAAGACUUGAUCUCUUACAGUUUCCAACUUUGACUGUGUAAACUCUUGGCUAAACUAAGCACCUAGACACAUGAUUUGAUGGAGUCAUGUGCCCCUGUGGCAUGCUAGAGGGAAAAGAAAUAAUUUUAAAACCUAACUAUAAGUUUUAAAUUAGACAAGACACACUUAAUCUUUCAAACUUUUGCCUCAUAAAGAAUGUAAAAUCAGACUUAUAUAUAUCCAAAGCUCGGUUUUGAAAUUUAAUAUGCUACAUUGAAAUAGAAAAAUUGAAUGGAGCAAUAGAGAGUGGUUUAACCCCCUUUUUUUUGGCAUUGUAGGGAGAACAAAACCCAGUAUCCUACUUAUCCUUACUGCCGCGUCUGGUAUUUUAGUUAUAUGCUAAGGACAUUUCACUCAAGUUUCUCAUGUGAUUCUGGUCUGAAAUCUCAGUAGCAAACCAGACACAAUUUCUCUCUACUGGACGGUACCCGUUGUAUUGUUUCAAACACAUCAGCGUCUGGUUCAAUAAAUGGCUGACCAUAGUCAGUA